AUGUCUGGACUGUCCUAUCAUCUCUGGACCUUAUUCCUAUUCACAAAGUCGGAUUUCAAGACAGGUGUCAUGACCAUUACAGCUCUUGCUGCUGGCUCUGCACCACUGGCGUCGCUGGGACGUAUACCCCAUGUUGCCUUUUGGGUUUGGCUUCAUAUUCUUCAACACGACCUUGCAAACCAAACUCGUGACCCUAAGGAGGAUGAGCAUAAUAAGCCCUAUCGACCCAUUCCAUCCAAACGAAUUACUCUGGAGAAUGCAUACAUAUUGCGUUGGGUGCUUGUGCCGUUAUGCUUUGCACUUUCAGCAUGCUACAGUGUGCAGGUGCUGUAUCAGAGUAUUGGCCUAUUUGUAUUCUUCUUUGGCCUUGACGAAUUAAACAUCAACUCCCAUUGGAUUGAGCGAGGAGUUAUGAAUGCCAUUCUGCAAUACUUCCUUGGGGUUGGUUCAUGCCUCAUUGCUGGCUCAAACUGCUACAGUCUGGAUAAUAUCAGCUACUUGUCCAUCCUCUAUAGUGUGGUAGUCAUCCUGACAACGAUCCAGGCACAGGAUUUCAAAGACACAGUUGGCGACAAACUUAUAGGGCGCAAGACAAUGCCAAUUGUUUGGCCCACUGCUUCCCGGACUUUGAUCUUUUUCCUACUACUCAUCUGGUCUUCAGUCCUUAGCAUUGUAUGGAGGCUAGAAACAGUGCCUGCUCUAGCGUUCCACUUACUAGGACUCGUGAUAGGAGGUCGGUUUUUGAUGAUGAAAAAGGUUAAAGCAGACCAAACUAGUUACCUUUUGUACAAUGUGGGUUUGUUAAUUACCUUUUAG